AUGGCCCCUCUUUGGCCAUGGCUUGGCGCAGCCCUAGCAACCCUGCCAGUCGUUCUGGCAGGACACGGCGACCCCGUCGCCCAGAAGUACAUUGUCGAGUUUGCUAACUCAAAGACUUCCUCGGCCAGUUUCCUCACCACUCUCGAGGACCACGGUAUUCACGCCAGUCUUAACCACGAUCUCUCUUUCGCUCUCUUCCACGGUGGCUCUUUUACUCUGCUGGGCGAUCAGAAUGAGGUGGCGAUUGUCAAGCAGAUCUCUUCGUGGUCUGGGGUGAAGAAAGUCUCCCCCGUUCGGGAGAUGCACCAGCCUAAACCAACCGUGUCGAGCGUUGGUCAUGACGCGCUCGUCCGCCGCGAUGUCUCCUCUCAUGGCCUCCGCCGACGUGGCGCUCCAGAGCAUGGAGACAACGACUACCCUCACAUCAUGACCGGGGUUGACAAGCUCCGCCGGGAAGGCUACACUGGAAGUGGUAUUCGUGUGGCGGUCAUCGACUCCGGAAUUGACUACAAGCACCCUGCUUUGGGAGGGUGCUUUGGUAAGGGAUGUCUGGUGGAAUUCGGUUUCAACUUCCUUGACAACACCACCGACCCAUGGGAAGGCCAGGUCGGACACGGGACACACGUCUCUGGACUCAUUGCUGCCCAGCCUAACCCCUAUGGCUUCACUGGAGUUGCCCCAAAUGUGACCCUGGGUCAUUAUAAAAUCCUUGGACAACAGAAUGUCCAGUUUGAAAGUGACAUCAUUUCCCUCGCUUUCAAGAGAGCCUUCGAAGACAAAGCCGACAUCAUCUCUGCCUCAUUCGGUUCAUACAAUGGAUGGAGUAACGAGCCUAUUGGACAGCUCGUCUCAAGAUUGGCCGAUGCUGGCCUUCCCACUUUUAUCGCUGAUGGUAAUGAUGGAUCUUCAGGUUUGUUCUUGGCCUCUAAUGGAAUUGACGUCCCUACUGGUGGAAUUGGAAUUGGAUCUAUCAACAACAACUUCAGCCCUCUUCUGCUGAGCGGUGGUACUUACUCCACUCAAAACAGCACCAGAGAGUUUGGUUGGCAGUUGGCAGGAACUUCGGACUUCAAGAACGGCACUUACACUCUUUACCCCACCAGCUUCAACACAUCUGUGGUCGGUGACUCUUGUGAGCCCUGGACUGGUAACCACCCAGACCUCUCGGACAAGAUUGUUCUGAUCCGCUACGGUGGCUGCCGUAGCAGUCUGCAGCAGAAACAUGCAGCCGAGGCUGGUGCUAAGAAUGUUCUAAUCUAUCUUAACGAGCCUGGCACUUAUGAGCUUUCUGUCCAAGAACCUACUCUCACUGGAGUGGGCAUGGUGUCCGCACAAACUGGCGAGAAAUGGGUCGAACUUGCUGCAUCAGGUUCUGAAAUCAAACUCAACAUGAUCAGCAAGCAAUUUGCCAAAACUAUCUUCAUCAACGAGACCAACUCCAUGUCUGGCGGUCAAAUCAGUGAAUUUACGCAGUGGGGUCCCAGCAACGAGCUUCUUCCAGUGACAGCCGUGUCAGCACCCGGUGGAUUCAUGCUGUCAACAUGGCCUGUUCCUGCGGGCAGCUAUGCCAUCGAGAGCGGUACUUCCAUGGCGACUCCCUACACCGCUGGCUGCGUUGCUCUUCUGAUGGAGGCUCGCGGCAAGGGCAACGUGACCCCUGCCGAGCUGAGGGCUCUGUUGUCUACCACAGCCAAGCCCAACGUAUUCCAUGAUGGCGUCACUGCGUCGUCUGUCCUGGGAUCUGUCGCACAACAGGGGGGCGGAUUGAUCGAUGCCUACAAGAUGCUGCACGCUACCACCAGCUUCAAUGUCAGCACCAUCGCCUUCAACGAUACCCAGCAUAUCGCUCCGUCUUACAUCCGCAUCAACAACAAUGCUUCCUCUUCACGUAUUUACACCAUCGGACACGUUGGUGCCGUUUCUGUAUACACUUUGUCCAACAGCAGCUCCAUUCCGCAGCUGAACAAACUCGGCAAUUUCACGGAUCACAGCACCGAAACUGCCUCCCUCAACUUCAGCUCCUCCAGCAUCAACGUGCCCGCAGGUGGCUCCGCCGUGCUGAAGGUAACUGCCACUCCUCCCAAGGGCCUUGUGUCGCGCCGCAUCCCUGUCUACAGCGGAUACGUCACCUUCAACGGAACCGACUCUGACGACUCCUUCUCUGUUCCCUACCUGGGCGUUGCCACCGAUAUGCGCAACGUGACUAUCCUGGACACCACACAAGGUAGCAACAUUCUCAUCGACAGCGUCACUCAGAAGCCUAUCAAGGCCAAUGAGCAACUUGUGUUCCCGGGAAAGAACGACAACAACGACAGAGCAAACACCAGCUACCCUAUCUUCCAGACCGAGCUCUCCAUGGGUACAAACCUGUUCCUCGUCGGUGUUAAGGCCGCACACAACAGCACUAUUUUGCCUGUGCUCGAGCCCCAAACGGCUCGCUCCAGAAACGUCGGCAACGGCAUCGCGCCUGGUGCUUCUCCUGUUUCCUGGACGGGUCAGUUGGCGGACGGUUCAUAUGCCCCGGAGGGCAACUACUCCAUGGUCGUGCGUGCGCUGAAGAUCUUCGGUAACCGCAAGAACCCUAGAGACUACGAUACCGUGAAAACGGUCAACUUUGGAUUUACAUACGCGCCCCCCCGCUAA